AUGUCCUACGGAAGCGCCAACUCUUCGUCAUCGGCGCAAAAAGAGAAGGUUUUGGGCACAGAAUGGAUUCCCAUGAUGCGCGGUCUGGAAGCUGUAUUGGCGCCUACCCAUAAUAACUUACGAUCUAGCAGCAUGAAGGCCAUAAUAAGUACUGGGAACUGGGAUGGACUCGAUCCAGAGCAGGGCAGUCAGGACCCUGAAGAUGCCCACUUCUGCCGUGCCCGUGAGUCUUGGAGCGACUCUGACCGCGCUGAGGUCUAUGAAGAGGCCCUCCGAGUUCUCCGCAAAUGCCGACUUUACUCGUCACAGUUCCGCGAAAUGGACUCCGAGACCAGAAGCAACUGGGGAUAUAACAAAGAGUGGUCUGCACCUCUGAUGUUCAUCCAUUUUGCACCCGAAUCAUAUUUCUCGCUCCUGCGGCAGAGACAGCCGCCAGCUUUGAUCUUGUUUUCCCUAUUCGGGGCACUGCUACAUAAGAUAAGGGACUAUUGGUUCUUGGAGGGCUGGGCAAAGCGAUAG